AAGAAGAAGAAGCCAUUGGCUCCGAGGAGCUGAUGACGGAGGGAGCGCACUGUCUUCUCCAGGAGCGCGUUAGCCCACAACACACACACACUGCUCCUCCUGCCAGUGGGAUGAGACCAGUGUGUCGGACUGGGAUGAACAUUUAAGUGGAGAACUUUUUUCCCCUCCUUCUCCUUCUGCUGUUAUUAUUUUUUGUUUGUUUUGGAGGUGGAGACCUGUUAGGACGAGCGCGUUUACACUCUCCAGGAGCGCGCAGUGUGGCACACGCUGGAACAAAAAGCAGCACAGUGCAGCGAGUGCAGCGCAGGCAGGUUUCCGUUUUAAAAGCAGCAGGAGAGGCAGGAGAGUUACGGAGUCCGCCGGGAAGCGGUGUCGGUGCACGGGGGAAGACGGAGACCUCUAAAAACGAGAUAUUGAGAAGAAAUCAGCGGCGGAACUUGGAUAUGGCGGGUGUGAAGACGUUCGACCUUCUCGUUGGACUUGUUUUAGUUUUGCGGUGUGUUGGGGAUGCCCGAGCCGAGAUCCCAGCCAGUGACGGGGUCUCUUACUCAUACGUGCAGGGGCAGGCAGGAGAUGAGGACGCUGCAGUGGACGUGAAGCUGUACAGUCACCGGUGGAGAAGAUGGCUCCCCCCGAAACCACGUAAUAUGGACAGUAACAGGGCCAGUCAGGAGCAGGACCAGGAUCCUGAGCAGGAGGAGCCCGAGGGUUUCCCAGGCCUGCUGUCUGCAGAGGAAACAGACAACAGCUCCCAGAUAGAGGAGGACACAGAUCACAACUACUACACAUCGAAAACAUACAACCCGUCAGAUCCGAUGAGCAAAGACUUGUGGGUAGAUAUCGACCAGAUGGACAAGGACAAAGUGAAGAUCCACGGGAUUCUGUCCAACACACACAGACAAGCAGCGAGAGUUAAUCUGUCCUUCGAUUUCCCUUUUUAUGGACAUUUCCUGCGUGAAAUCACCGUGGCGACUGGUGGCUUCAUCUACACGGGUGAUGUGGUCCACCGGAUGCUCACAGCUACACAGUACAUCGCUCCUCUGAUGGCAAACUUUGACCCCAGUGUCUCCAGAAACUCUACUGUCAUCUACUUUGACAACGGCACGGCUCUGGUGGUGCAGUGGGACCAUGUCCACCUACAGGACAACUACAACCUGGGGAGCUUCACCUUCCAGGCAACACUGCACAACACUGGAAGGAUUGUUUUUGCAUACAAAGAGAUCCCCAUUGAGGUGUCACAGAUCAGCUCUGUCAAUCACCCGGUGAAGGUGGGCCUGUCUGAUGCCUUUGUGGUGGUCCACAAGAUCCAACAGAUACCCAACGUAAGGCGAAGGACAAUCUAUGAGUACCAUCGUGUGGAGCUGACGAAGACGAGGAUCACCAACUCUACAGCCGUGGAAAUGCUGCCUUUACCCACCUGUCUCCAGUUCACCAGCUGUAGCUCGUGCAUCACCUCACAGAUCAACUUCAACUGCAGCUGGUGCCAUCGGCUCAACAGAUGUUCCAGUGGCUUUGACCGGCAUCGGCAGGACUGGGUGGAUAACAGCUGCCCAGAUGAGACCAAGGACAAGAUGUGUGACGACAUCGACACCACGUAUCUCUACCCCUUCACCACCACGAUUGUCGCCAGAACAACAUCCAGGAGCAAACAGGCCACUGCGGACAGGGACACUCCCUCCACCUCCCACCCCCCCACCAGUGUCCCCACUGAAGAUGAUACCAAGAUCGCCCUGCAUCUCAGAGACAACCAGGUGCUGCCUGCAGACAGUGCUGUCGACAGGGUGCCAGGAACUCACCCUUUGCACACUGGUCUGAUCCUCGGCAUCCUCCUGGUGAUGCUCGUCAUGAUUGCUGGCGUGCUGGUCACUGUAUACAUCUACCAUCACCCAACCUCUGCAGCCAGUCUCUUCCUUAUUGAGAGACGCCCGAGCAGGUGGCCAGCCAUGAAGUUUCGCCGAGGCUCAGGCCACCCAGCCUACGCAGAGGUGGAGCCAGUGGGCCAGGAGAAGGAGGGCUUCAUCGAGUCCGAGCAGUGCUGAGGCAGGAGGGGGCGUCUGCAUCCCCGCGCCCCCCCUCCCCUCCCUCCUGUGCCGGCCCUCCUCCCUCCUGCUCCACAGGCACUUCUCACCAGAACCUCCAGGAUCUGCUUAUCAGUGUACACAAUGACUCGUUAAGACUGCGGAAUCGGCCCAUUGAGCGCUAGAUGAGACUGGAUACAGAAGCCAAUGAUAUGAGGAAGUGAGAGCGCCCUGAAAACUGAUCCCAGACAAGCCCAUUGUUCAGCUCCUGUUGGCAGGGAACUGACCCGCCUGGGACAGAGGGAGGGGACAGCAUUGAUGUCAUCGACUCAGUCAGCAUUGGUUAAGUUUUGUUCGGCUGCUAUCAUGUUGCCAUGGAGGGAUUGUGCUGCCUAUUGGUGUGGUCGAGGGGGGAGCAGGGUGAAUUAUACAAUAUAUAUUUUCAGAAACAAUACAGAGUAUGUGAACACAGAUUUCCACUUUAUUGUCGGUGGGGUUAUACUGUAUAGGCCUUUGUAUAUCCAUCAGGUUUUUACUUCUUGUUUUCCUUUUUCUUUCAGUGUGUUGUUUUCACAGGGGUUGGCACAUGUGUCUGUACAGACCGUCGGUAUUGCUUUUCAAUACCAUCGCAGGCUUAAAUGACUUUUCCACUGCCCGCUCUGCACAGAGAGGCUGCAGCUGUGCGACAUGACGCCAGCUGAAGGCCUGUCACUGCGAUCGAUCGCAGCUCGGAGAAGAGCUCUGAACACUGAGCGGCGGUGUUGAAUUAGUUUGUGGCUGGUUUCAUUUUCUGAAAAUGAAGUGUGAGAUGUUUUUUGUUCACUGAGGAAAUCUCAGUGGGUUUUUUCUUUUUAAAUGGGUGAUGGGCACUCUCUAUCUUUCUCAUUAUUUCGAUUGGUUCUUUGAUUCCUUACAUCAUGGAUACCAUUUAAUGUGUUUUUUGUUUUUACUUUUUGCAGUUUUUUUCAUUACUGCCGUGCCAUUUUGUCCCUGACUAGAGUUUGCACAAUUUUAUUUUCAUUGACAUGUGGUACUAAUGCAAAAUUGCAAGACAGGCGCUUGUGAGUGUGUAUGCUGAAUAUAUUUUCUAAAGUGUAAGUGAUUCUGUGUGUGUGUGUGUGUGUGUGUGUGUGUACAUGUGUGUGAAUGCAAAAGAGAGCAGUUUACAUUAGUGAUUGGAUAUCCACCUGCUUUAUGGGUGCAUAUGUUUGAGCUGGCUCUGCACAGGUGAUUCUUAUUGAUUUGAAUCUGAGGUAUCUGGAUACAGAUUGUUCGAGCCUGACGACACACUGGUACGGUUGGAGUUUCUUUGAUUUUUUACAGUGUGGGUUCCUUUUCCAGUAUGUUGCCAGCAUAACCAUUGGCUAGUCUGUGUUUAUGUUAUGAUGGGCUCAUCCGUGUCAACACAUUAAUGUAUAUACCAAGGCCAAAACAUUUGCAGAUUCAGGUAACUCAUGGCAAACAUUUGUAGUAUAGCAGUAUAGUACAGAAAAAACUUUUUUAUUUUUUAUGAGUGGCCUUUUUUUCUCUACUUUUUUACUUAAAUGUGAAUACUGUUCCAAUCAUUACUGAUCAAUACACAAGGCUUCUGACUGACAAAUUCAAACCUUCACUUCUACUGUUAAAAAUAUUAUCUCAAGACAAAGUCAUGUUUUUACACCAAUGAUUGUAGACUCAUUUUUAGAUCCUGGAAUUCUACUGAAAAAUAAAGCGUGCAAUAUUACACCCA